AAGUUCUCACCUUUUUCUAUGGUUCUCACUUUUAAGCUUUUUAUUUAUGUGCUUUUGCGUCGCAAAUUAAAACUAAAAUGCCUUUACCGCCUGCAUUAAUAGCAAAACUAUCCAAAAGAGGAAUAGUAGCACCUAAAAAACCAUCUGAUAAAUCUAAAAAACAGGAUUUUAAAGGUUUAUCUGCCUGUCCUAAUAAAAACAAUAUAUACCAUGAUUGUAAUUUUUGGUGUGAAACACAUUGGAAAGGAGUUUUAACUCCUGAUGCCAAAUAUGUAAGAAACAUGCAAAAGUUAAUGGUAAAAUAUUCACUACCCAAUAACUGGACUGAAAUUUUUGAUAAAGGAGUUGGCAGAUAUUAUUACUGGAACAUGGAGAAUGAUAUGGUGUCCUGGUUACCUCCAAAACACCCCAAAUCCAUUAAAUCAAUAAGUGCUGCAAAAUUGCGAGAAAAAAGAUUAAAACAAACUUUAGAACAAGAGGAAAAAAAGGAUAAAGAACCAGAACGUGACCGUCGAGAAAAGGACAGAGAUUCUGACCAAGAUUCUGAUGAUGAAAGACCUUACAGGUCCAAACAUUCAGAACGUAGAGACAGAGACAGGGACCGCGAUGAUUCUAGAUAUAGACGAGAUGACAGACACAGAAAUAAGAAAAGCAGAAAAGAUGAUAUUGAUCCUAUGGACCCUGCUGCUUAUUCUGAUAUACCUGUGGGCAAGUGGAGUGAUGGUUUGGAAAAUAACAGUGGUAGAGCAGACAAUACUGCUUCAGGGGUUUUGUAUCAACAAAGACCUUAUCCUGCUCCUGGAGAAAUUCUUGCAGCUAAUAAGGAUAAGAUUAAGAAAAAAUAAUUUAAACAAAAUUUUCUAUUAAAUACUAUAAGUAUGUGAGUAAAUAUAAGGUUUUAUGAUAAACUUUUAUGAAUAAGC